AUCUUUGAAUACGGGCGCCUGAGCCACUUCAUAGACGGGAAGGGGGCCUCUGGCAACUGGAUGUCCCUGGUGAACUGCGCCAGGUUCCCCGAGGAGCAGAAUUUGACGGCUAUCCAGUGCCAGGGGCAAAUCUUCUACGAGAGCUGCAAGGAAAUCUUACCGAAGCAGGAGCUGCUGGUGUGGUACGGCGAUUGCUACGUGCAGUUCCUGGGCAUCCCCAUCAGCCUGAAGGAAGCCGGGGAGAGCUUUAAGUGUGAGCGCUGCGGCAAGGUUUUUGCCUACAAGUACUACCGGGACAAGCACCUCAAGUACACCCGCUGCGUGGACCAGGGGGACCGCAAAUUUCCUUGUCACCUUUGUAACCGAUCCUUUGAAAAAAGAGACAGGCUGAGGAUCCAUAUUCUCCACGUUCACGAAAAGCACAGACCUCACAAGUGCUCAGUGUGUGGGAAGAGCUUUUCUCAGUCCUCCAGCCUGAACAAACACAUGAGGGUUCACUCCGGGGAGCGCCCCUACAAAUGUGUCUACUGCAACAAGGCAUUCACGGCAUCCAGCAUCCUGCGCACUCACAUCCGCCAGCACUCGGGGGAGAAGCCUUUCAAGUGCAAGCACUGCGGCAAAGCCUUCGCCUCGCACGCAGCCCACGACAGCCACGUGCGCCGCACGCACAGCAAGGAGAAGGGCUGCACUUGCUCGGUGUGCGGCCAGCGCUUCCCGGAGCAGGAGGAUUACCACUUCCACAUGAAGAUGCACGCCGCUCAUUAG